UAUGCAUGAAGCAGCCAUGCAAAUCCAGAAGUUUUCCUGAAUUUCACGGGGAAUUCUCUCAACUUAACCCCCUGUUUUUUACUCGGCAUACAAGUGGGAAAUUCGCCUCUGCUUGGAAAAUUGGGGAGAAGACGGCUGGAUUUGGCUGGCAAUCGGCCUCUGUGUCAGUUUCAUGUUGCGCGUCAAUUCCUUGUCAAUUUCCUGCACGCUGGUAAUUCCUAGUCAGUCCCGUGCACUUCCUCGUUAAUGAUGACUAUGACCGCGAUGGCUGACGGUCUGUUAGCACCAGACUCAUCCAAGUCGGCCUUUCUGGAGUUUGGACACCCAGCGCAGCAGUCAUCCCCUGGCAUGUCCCAUGGACACUAUCCGGUGCACGGCUUGCACUCGAGCGGACACUCUCAGCACGAUGGCUCCUACUCCGGCGCCUCUUCCUACGGCAGAUCACUGGGUUACCCGUACCCCAGCCCAGUUAGCAAUCACGCACCCAAUCCGUACAUGCCCUACCAGAACAGCAGCACUUUGGGUCACACCAGGUUAGAGGACACAGAACACGAGAAAUCGACUGUAAUCGAAAAUGGAGAAAUCCGAUUGAACGGCAAAGGGAAAAAGAUCCGAAAGCCGAGGACCAUUUACUCGAGUCUGCAAUUGCAAGCUCUGAAUCACCGAUUCCAACAAACACAGUAUUUGGCACUGCCGGAGAGAGCAGAGCUGGCAGCCUCUCUGGGACUCACGCAGACACAGGUGAAAAUCUGGUUUCAGAAUAAGCGUUCCAAGUACAAGAAGCUGAUGAAACACAGUUCCAACGUGCAAGAAGGCGACCACCUGCCCACCUCCGCUGCUUUGUCUCCAUGUUCGCCCAAUAUCCCGCCAGUCUGGGACGUUCCCAUGCCAAAUAAGGGCUCCACUAUGCCACCGAACAGCUACAUUAACAGUUUUGGGUCGUGGUACCCGCCGCCCCACCAGGACACCAUGCCAAGACCCCAGAUGAUGUGAUUGACCAGGAGUACCAUCUACCCCACAAACUUUAAAAACACACAAAAAAAUCAGUGUCACAUGAUUUGAAGUAGUCUUACGGACGAGAAAAGACGACUGAUUAGAGAUAACAAUGACUUUGUGCUUUCAGUCAUAUCUAAACAGGUUUGUUCUAGAAAUACAAUGGGUAUAUAGAGUCAAACUCCUCUAAUGAGUGCAAUACAAGCCUUGUACGAUGUUUGGAAUUCUAUUGGAGAAGUUUGAUGCAUCUAUAAUCUACGUUGUGAAUUGCAAAAAAAAAAAGGACUGAUUUUAUAGCUGUUCUAUUAAACUCAAUUUUCGUGUUUUAACAAAGCAAAACCUAAUUUUUACUCCAGGAUGCAGAUCCUUCUUAGCUGGGCAAAAUACGCAGGCUGUAUUUCAAAGCAUUUACUGAUCGGCUGUCCCAACCCCCUUUUUAAAGCUAGUACCAUAUCAACUUGUAUUUUUAUUUAAUUGCCAGUUUGAAUGUUAAUGUAGAAUUUGCCCUCAUAUAUCUUCAGUCAGACAGAGCUGCAAACACCUGGUUAGUUGGAGUAUAGGACUGGAAUAUUCACAAAGAACAAACUGUAUCAGUGUGAAGUGAAUUUGAUAAAUUCAAAACAUAAAACUGCAAAGCCAUGUAUACUUGGAAGGAAUAGAGCAGCAAGACUGGAAAUACACAAUGGGUUACUCGGUAUCUCAAAAGGGAAAGAGAUCAACGUGUCCUUGAUCAGAAAUUCCCUCAAUUUCUGAAAAAAACCAAUACCUCAAACAUUAACCGUUUUAAAGACGCUAGGGGAAAUACCGUGUAUUUCCAGCCGUUUCUGUUGUUCAGGAAAUAUUAGUUUGUCGGCCAGCAGUUUCGUUUGUCCUGUAUAUAAUUGAACUGCUUUGGGGACACUUAAAAAUCUCCAUUUCAAUUGACAUCUCCAACCGCGCAUGCAAUUUGUAUAAUCGCCCGCCUAAUAGUUAGGUGCAAGCUGGUCUGCCAUGUUUAAAUCCAAGUGAUUGCUGGUCACGAUUUAAGGGUUAAAAAUAACUAGAGGCUAAAUCCUCUAUAUUGGGUCCUUCCCAUCCAUUUUUCACAGGAAAAUGGUCGCCCACUACGGCCUCCCCGCGUCCCACCAAACCCCUUGCCUCUAACGCUCAAAAAUCAACAAUACAAUUCAUGAUGAAUGUGACAUGUUAUACAAGACGAAAUAACCAAGUGGAUGAACGUGGUUCCUAUUUGAAAUACAGCCUAUGUAUGGAAAUAAAGGGGUUAUGUUUAGCUCAUCCAAGCAAUAUGAAGGCAAAAGGAUUUCUUGGAGAACAGAGAACGAGAGAACACAGUACGUGCGUGUAUAUAUUGUUAAAUUAGUUGUAAAUAGUGCAUAUGUAUUAUGUUUCAUUAUUCUAAGUAAAACAGUGAUAACGCGUUCAAAGCAUCCUAUAUCCACUCAAUUCGGAUAAACAUGGCUACUCAAUUUAAUAGUACGUUUCUCAGGAUUAUAGAAACCGGAGUGUGAGCAUUUUUUUUAAAAAGAAAAAAACAAUGCCGAUUUACUGUGGAUUGAACUGUAAUUAUGUGUAAAGGAAAGGCGCGAUGUUUGCAUGUAAUUGAUCAACUAUUCCAUUCAUUUCAUCACCCUUCACAAUUUCUCGCUUAAAAUUUCCUUUGGGGUCAAACAUAGACACGAAGCUUAAUAGAUUUUAAAAAAAUAUAUGAAAUGUAUGCGGUCAUGUUAAAAAGUGGAGGAAGCGUUGACUUUUUUUUGCAUGGCCACAGUUUGAUUUGCCAAGAACUGGUGCAUUUCUGGAAAUGUUGUUAUUUGUCUUUUAUGAUUAAAAAACCUGGACUUUUAAAAUUCA